GACUACUGUCAAAAUUGCAAAACAAAUAAUGAGAGCAAAGAUUUUAUCCGAAGUUGGCCAGUCUGCUGUGAGAGUUUUUCAACAAACAAGUCGAAAAUUUUUCCACGGGAAAAUAAGACAAAAUUUUUGAAUUUUCUUUAAUUAAAUCGUAAAUUGCAAACGCAGUGACGUUUCAAUUUUAGUUAUAAAACCAAAGUUUAAAGUAUAAAAUUAAAUCUAUACUAAACAGAUAUAAAAAGAACAAUAAUGUUGGUUAAUGAAGCCCGUUUGAUGUUGAGCCGUACUGGUGCUCUGGCCGCACGUCAGCAGUUGCGUUCCCUUACCUCUGGCAAUCAACAAAACCAGCAGGCUCAAGCCCAAGAAACCCCUGCACCACAAAUUAAAACUUUCCAAAUCUAUCGUUGGAAUCCCGACAAUGCUGGUGAAAAGCCCUACAUGCAAACCUAUGAGGUUAACUUACGCGAAUGUGGUCCUAUGGUUUUGGAUGCUUUGAUUAAGAUCAAAAACGAAAUGGAUCCCACUUUGACUUUCCGUCGUUCAUGCCGUGAAGGCAUUUGCGGUUCCUGUGCCAUGAACAUUGCUGGUACCAAUACAUUGGCUUGCAUUAGCAAAAUCGAUACCAACACCUCGAAACCAUUGAAGGUUUAUCCUUUGCCACAUAUGUAUGUGGUACGUGAUUUAGUGCCCGAUAUGAAUAACUUCUACGAACAAUACAGAUCCAUUCAACCCUGGUUGCAACGCAAAAACGAAGCCUCCGAACAAAAGGGCAAAGCUCAAUACUUGCAAUCCGUAGAAGAUCGUUCCAAAUUGGACGGUUUGUAUGAGUGUAUUUUGUGUGCUUGCUGCUCUACCUCUUGUCCCUCUUACUGGUGGAAUUCCGAAAAGUACUUGGGACCUGCUGUUCUUAUGCAGGCCUAUCGUUGGAUCAUCGAUUCUCGUGAUGAAAGCACCUCUGAACGUUUGGGCAAACUUAAGGAUCCCUUCAGUGUCUACAGAUGUCACACCAUCAUGAACUGCACACGCACCUGCCCCAAGGGUUUGAAUCCCGGUCGUGCUAUUGCUGAAAUUAAGAAACUUUUGUCCGGUAUGGCUUCGAAGCCCGAACCCAAAUUAGACACUGCUGCUUUGCAUAAGUAAACAGUCGAACGACGACUGUUUUGGAGGAGAUUUAUAUGUUUUCUUCGCUUGACGAUGUGUUUCCAGCUUUUCCUUUAAAUUCUCUUUGUACUUAUAAAGUUUCCACAAAAAGAACAAUAUUAUUGUUUUGUCUAAAGAAAAGCAUUAAGUUUUCCUUUUCUUUUUUAUAAAUUGCUGUAGCUUGUGUUUGAUUUUCACAGUUGGUGUGUAAUUUAUUGCUUUCAAACAAUCCUUUCUUAUGAUUUAAGUUUUGCAGCUUUAUUUUUUUUUUAAACGUUAUAUUUUCGUUUUUUAAUUUAUUUUUUUUUUUCUUUUUGACAUUUUUACGCUUUGGACUAUUUAAAUAUUUUUUUUUAGUUUAAUUCCUCAAUUUUAAUUUUAUUUAGUAAGAGAGAAAGUUUGUAGUAAAAUAAUAAUAAUAAAUAGUAAUUGUAUCGUAUUAAUAAAAUAAACAACUACAGUUUAUAAAAAAAUUAAUUAAAGGAAUAAAUAAAAUGCAUAUAUAAAAAAAAACAUUAAAAU